CCUGAAGAGGCAGUGUGAGCGGAGGAUCUUCACUGCAGCCAGCCACAGUGUGGGAUAGAGGAGCAGAAGCUUCGGCCAGAGACCGGGAGCUGCACUGUGUGAGACCCGAAGGGGUGGGGGCUUAGCAAUGCAGGGAGCUGCUGUGAUGGAUAACAGCAGUCUCAAAGCCCUUCCGUGCCCAUCCCCCUGGCUCGGUCUCACCUUCAUGCCCCUCAUCAAAUACGGAAAUAUAUUUAUUUUACCUGGGCCCCGCCCCCUCCCUCGAUCCCUUUCUUCCCCUCAGAGGCAGGAAAACAUUUUCUUCCUGGUACAGCAGCAGCAGAAAGCCGAGGCUCCGCCCAUCUCACAGGCUCCGCCCCUCCCGCGUCCCGCGAUUUCCUCCCCUCCACCCAGAACUACAGUAUGAGAGGAUCCAGCACAGAGCUCCUGCAGGUACAGUUAAUGGCUGUUGGCUGCCGAUCAGAAGAGGCUUGGAUUACUGGAAGCACAACCAUGUUCAACACCACCUAACUGAACCUAAGAAUGGCAGGCUGUCUUUUCCAAAAGGACAAUUAUUCACAUAUUACUUAAAUCAAGACCAGGAAAGCUAAUCGCAGUCAUGCAGCAAUCACAGCCACGGCGCUUGUGGAGUAUGGGUACAACUGCCAGCGCAGCUCAGCAGCCAGCUCCAAUUGUGCCCCCUAGUGACAGCAUCGAAGGAAAUCGCAGUGGGAACUCAAGUGCAGAAGACAGAAACUCCCUGAGCAUUCACUCCUUCCAGACAGUGAGCAUCCACAACAAGGCCAAAUCCAUAAUCACCAACAAGGUGGCUCCUGUAGUGAUCACGUACAAUUGUAAAGAAGAGUUCCAAAUUCAUGAUGAUUUGCUCAAAUCCAAUUAUUCUGUUGGAAGGAUUUCUGAGACCAUGCCGGAACACUAUCUUGUAAAGGGAAAGUAUUUCCUGGUUCACGACGUGUACAGCAAGUUAGAUGUUUUAAACACUACAAACAGUUGUGGAGCACCGAAUUUCCGACAGGCCAAAGGAGGGUAUGAAGUGUACGGAAUGGGCCAGCCCAGCCUGAAUGGCUUCAAACAGGUCCUGCAGAAGCUUCAGAAUGAUGGACAUAAGGAAUGUAUGUUCUUCUGUGUUCGUGAGGAGCCAGUGAUGUUCCUGAGACUGGAGAAUGACUUUGUGCCUUAUACUCCCAGGAGGAAAGAGAACUUGCAUGAAAAUUUGCACACUUUCGAGAAAGGUGUCCGAGUAGAGAACCUGGAACUUUCUAUUCGGAAAGAGCUAUAUGAUUUUGCCCAGCUGAGUGGGAACAGUUAUUUUGUUUAUAACGACAUUGAACUUUUUAAAGAUGAGCCACAUUCUAUUAAGAUUGAGUGUGAAGAAGACGUACAUGUUACAGAGGAGGUGUACAACAGGCCUGUUUUUUUACUGCCUUCGUACAGGUACCAUCGUCUUCCUCUACCUGUAGAUGGUGCUCCCCUGGAAUCACAGUUUGAUGCUUUUGUAAAGUUUCUCAGGGAAAACCCAUGUCUCCUGCUGCUUCAUGAGGCCAGCCGUCCUGCACCAGCUUUGCUUUUCAGUUGCCAGACAGGAGUCGGCAGGACAAACUUAGCCAUGAUUCUGGGAACAUUGGUUCUGUAUCACCGCAAAGGAGCAACUGAAAAACAGACCAUCCCCCAGAGCACAAAUGAUUUGCCAAAGGAAUGUUUUCAGGUCAUACAGAACUUCAUCAAUAUGGUACCAAAAGGAGAAAGAAUAGUGGAAGAGGUAGACCACGCUAUUGCCUUAUGUUCUGAAAUGCACGAUAUUAAAUCAGCCAUAUACGAAUGCAAGAAGAAGCUGGAGGGCAUUGGUGAAGACUACAAAAUUCAGGGAAGUAGUACCAAAGAAUAUUUUCUUCGAGGAACCCUCAAUAGUCUGGAGCGAUACUUUUAUCUAAUAGCUUUUAACUACUACCUUCAUGAGCAGUACCCCUUGGCAUUUGCACUGAGUUUCAGUCGAUGGAUGUGCACGCAUCCUUGGAUUUACCGACUUCAGGCAAAUAUGAAUUUAUCAGAACUUACUUUAUCUGGGGAACUACUAACGAAAGGGACGCGAGUAUUGGUAUUGGAUGAGCGGUAUUCACCGGAUGUGCUGAGCACUGUGAAAGAAAUGAGCGUAGCCAACUUUAGAAGGGUGCCCAAAAUGCCCAUUUAUGGCACUGCCCAGCCAAGUUCAAAGGCCACAGGUUGUGUACUCAACUAUCUGACAGAUGCAAAGAGAAAAUAUUCCAAAGUACUGUGGGUGAACCUUCGAGAGGACGUUAUAUUUGAAGGCAAUGAACAGAUAUAUACUCCGAGGGAGCAGGACCAUUUGGAACAGCAUAUUGCAGUACCUGUGACUUCACCAGAACAACUGGAGAAAUUAGAAGCCACGAUUGCAAAUCAUAUUUUGACUUCACAAAAGUGGCUGGAGGUCUACCUGGAACAGGAGAAGCAAAUGAAGAUGUUUAAGACCUGUCAGACAAUGCAGGAAAUAUUUAACCAGCAGAAGAGCGCGUGUCCAGGCCUGGUGUACCGAAGAAUCCCCAUUCCUGAUUUCUGCGCUCCCAGGGAACAGGAUUUUGACAUGAUUCUCCAGUCAAUGAAGAGCACACUCGCUGAAGACUCCAAUGCAGCUUUUGUAUUCAACUGUCACGGAGGCAAAGGGCGGACAACAACAGCGAUGGUCGUUGCAUUACUCACCAUCUGGCAUUUCAAUAGCAUUCCUGAAAUUAGUGAGGAUGAAAUUGUAAGUGUUCCAGAUGCCAAAUAUACCAAAGGAGAGUUUGAGGUAGUCAUGAAGAUUGUUCAGAUACUGCCUGAUGGGCACAAAAUGAAGAAAGAAGUAGAUAUGGCACUUGACUGUGUUAGCGAAACUAUGACUCCUAUGCAUUACCACUUGCGAGAGAUCAUUAUAAGCACUUACCGGCAGAUUAAAACAGCCAAAAAUAUUAAGGAAAUGCAGUUACUUCAACUAAGAAGCCUUCAGUACUUGGAGAGAUACAUUUAUCUGAUCCUAUUCAAUGCCUACCUACAUCUGGAGAAGAAGGAAACAUGGCAUAGACCCUUCAGCAACUGGAUGUAUGAGGUGGCAUCCAAAGCUGGAGUUUAUGAUGUCCUCAACCAACUGGGCUUCAGUGAGUUUGAGAAUGCGGAAGAUCAGCCUUUGUGUCGGCUGCGCUGUCGUUGGCAACAGCAAAGUGUCAACUUGCUUCCUUUCCGAGGCGAGUUUGUCUAGGAGUGUAAAAGCUACUUUGCAUUCUGAUUUCUUGGAAGCUUUCUCUUAUUUUUGGGAGAUUGAAAAUCUAGCCUUAAAAAGUCCCCAAAAGACUGUCCCUGUUUUCUGGGCUUACUGCAAUCACAAUACAAAUCCCACAAACAGCCAUGGAAAAUGCACACAUCAUUUACAAGGAACAAUAAAGCCGUAUUGUCCGGAGACAUGAUCUGUAUUUGAUCCAGUGGACACUGAGGAACGCACACUCUGUGCAUUCAUUUCUUACAUUAUUGCUAAUGAUUAAAGUAUGUUCCAUCCAAAUUUGAACAACUAACAUUUUGAAGCGUUGAAGUGUCUGGUAGAGCUAUACUUUCAUUUAUUGAGAACAGUGCUGUGUAUACCAUGUUCUUUGGAACCCUCUGUAGUAUUCCUUUUAUUGUAUUAAGGUUUGAUAAGUAUAAAUGCAAUAGUUUAUUUUUCCGUAGCAAAUAAUAUUCAGUAAAUGUGUAAUAAAGCACAAAUUGUGCUAAGAAAUGUAAUUUGAAUUAUAUUGUUAUAAUAAGAAUUGGUCUUAAAAAUAUGUACAAAUUUAGUUAUGCUUUGCAUUACCAAGUGUGUUUAGUUUAAAAUGCUUUUAGAAAAUGUGUUAAUUUAAAACAAAGACUGAAAAUGAGCAAAGAUAUACAAGAAUUCAGGAGCAAUUUAUUGAAUUAUCUCUGAACAUCCCCCUCCCCCUUUUCUUUUCUAUUUUUUAAAUAGGUUGUAAUUUAAAAAAAACUAAAACAUAUUCUUUAUUCUACAUUGUACAGAAACUUUGCUUUUGUGGGGCACAGGAACAGGAAGUGAUAGCUUGUCAAGACGACAGGGUGGCGAGGUUUCAGUCUUACAUAUUUCUGCGACUGACUGUCAGGAAAUAGUUAUUGCUGCAGUUAGUUAUAUGUAGAAUGGACAUUCCAAUUGUUUUGUUCAAACAGUUCAGCAGGGUAAUUGUUUAAUAGAAAAAAAUCCAUAAUGUUGAUUGAUCUGUGAUAAAAUAAUUUCACAGGCUGAUAUAAUCCACUGAAAGGUAUAAAAUAUGAGCUGCCCAUUACAAUUGCUUGAAAUAUAAUGUUGAGAAUUAAAGGUAAAGAGCCACAAUUACCAUUUUGAUUUAUAUUGUUUUACCUCAAAGAGGUAUUUUCCAGACUUGAUGCAUGUCGUGUUAAUUGUUAAAUGUAGGUAGGGUAUUUUUAAACCAGAGUCACUAUACUUUUAUGUAAUAAAUAUUUUGUUUGUUAAAGAACAUUGAUAUUUUUGAAAUAAUUAUAUAUUUUUUGUUUUUGUAAUGCUACAAGAUAUAUCAAAGUAAAGACCCAAUUAUUUCUAUAUUGUUUUUAUUUAAUGUUGUACUGAUUUAUGCCUUAUGUGUGCCGCUUGGUAAAUAUGAUUGUGCAGCACUGUGAGAACAAAAGUAAAAACAACACAGAUGGUGUAAUCCUGCAGUAAUAACAGCCUAACGUGCUUGAUAUAGACCCACCACCUAUACACAGUGGAAGCCAUUUUGUGAGCUGAACCAAUACUGAGAAAGCAGCUUAUUGGUUCACUGAACUUAUUAGAAACAUGUAUACUUUAGCUAUUAAUGGGGGUAUAAUUGGAUGGGU